CUCGCUUUUCCUUCGCAAGGGCAGGACCAGGAGAGUUGACCAGAGAAGCACUACUCGAUCCUGUCGGUCCCUCGCAAGGGUGAGACCGUAGGGGCAGCGGGCUGAUCGAGUCACAGGAUGACGGGCGUCUGCUCUUCUAAGAGUGCUCACAGUGCGGGAGGUGGGGAGCGAAGGGCAAAGGGGGGGAGGGCAGGGCAGGGCUAGGCCCUGGGACUGGAGCAGAACGAAGCGAGAGGCGAGGCGAGACGAGUCUCCCCGUCUUGCCUUGUAAGCAGUGUGUAAUGCGGUGGGGCAGGCCUACCUCCUGGGAAUCUUGAUCAGGCCUGGCCACGGGAGGGAGCUCGCGAGUGAGCAUGACAAAUGUUGAGGAGGAGGUGCAGCUGGAUCGAGCAGUGCAGGACGGGGGAGGGCGUCCGGAUGCAGGACCGGCAGCAGCGAGCAGCAGUUCAGAUUUGCUCUGAGGCGUUCCUUCCCUCUGGAGAAGUGAAGUGGCGGGGUAUGGCAUGGCCUCCAUGUCUGGACCAGGCAGCAGCAACGAGUAGAGUCGGUUCUCCGUAGGCAGUCCAGCGAGCCUGCGUAGUAGUAGUGGAGUGGUCCGCCCAGCUUCGCCGCCCUCCCGCGCCGCACCUCGAUCUCGCCUCGCGUCCUCAUCUUGGAUGAGCACGUAGGAGUAGUAAUGAAAUUCGCAGCCAGCUGCUAUCAAUGAGAUAUGCUAGUACCUCUGAUCCUGGCAGUGUCGCGUAAUCCCUUGGCUAGGCUCGGCUGCGGGGACGUCAGAAACGCCGGCCUAACUCGCGCUCGACACCUCAAGGUCGAUGCUGGUGUAAGAGCCCCUCGAUUUGCAACUUCAGAUAAUGUAUAGACCAGAUCCCGCCUUCACGACUCUCCUGUUAUCCCCGAGCGAGAAGUCUUCGGGAUUCACUGACGAGAACCAGGAGAUGCCGCAAACUCCCUCUCUAAAAGGCCUUCCACUGACAGGAUCCAUAAACGGAUGGAUGGAUGGACGGAUGGAUGGAUGAUCGUCGCGAUUUGCGAGCGUAAUAACUGACGGCUCUCGUCCUAAUCGCAGCUGCCGCUGCGUUUCUCGCGAACGAACGGACGAUGGCAUUGCCAGACGGGUGAUUCUGACCGUUUUAGUGGUCUGAAGAACCAUGUUUAGUUGAGGGGGAUCGGGCGUCAGUCAGUCAAUGCGGAAAGACAAGAGUGGCGCGAGGGGCGAGCCGGCGACGAGCUACGUGCUCGGUUCCCACGAGAAGGGUCGAUCUUUACCCACGCGCAGACGCCCUGCGGUCGAUCGUCCUCGGGACGUCGGGAGCGGUCUUUCAUCGGCGCAGCUGCUCAUGCAUGUCACCAUCCAAUUUAUCGGCGCACUCGUUGCAGCCCCGAGGGAAAGAAAACAUACGGAAAUAGGAAAGGAGGAUGCAGGGAUGCAUCGGAUCUGACGUUUGGUUUAUCCAAGACGAGAAAGCGCGAGCCAUUACUACCAGCGAAGUUUCUGGAGGGGGAACCAAAAGAGAAUGAGAAAGUUGGAGCCGUCGUGGUGCACUGGCUGUUGAUGGUCGAUCGAGAGCCCUGCUGAUGCCCAAAGGGGCUGUGGAAAGGUACAGACGGAACGCAGGAGGGGAAAACGUACGGUAAAAUGGUAAAGGGGAAGAAUUUUGUUUGCUGUCAUUGGAACGCGACCAACCAUGAUUGAGGCUCCUAGACCAUUGAAAUAGAAUCUGCGUCACGGUCACGUGGGCACUUCUUUUUUUCGGCAGAAGGUGUUCGAUCUCGUAAUGACAUUAGACAAAAUUUUGUUAAUUAAUCUGCUCCGGAUGGACCUUAUCCGCCCUCCCGAUUGUGACGAGACCUUCCCACCCUAUUGUCACCGCCAGCCAAUAAAUGUCGUGGAUAUUUCUCCCCACAUGUACGACGCUGCCCAGUCCAACUCUUCCCCGACCCCCGGGAAUGGCGGCAAGCUUUCAACCUUCGAUAACCUGCAUGUGGUCUGG